UCUGCAUUACAUAGCUGAAACAAAAUAAAGCUAAAAUCAAUCUAAUCCAGUUAAUUUGCUAAUUCAACAAAGACAUAUAAUCACAAAUUAAGGUCAAUUACAGCUAAACCAUAGAGAUACACGCACUUCCCCAGUGAAACUGAAGUUGGUUGGAAAGAAGGACCAUCGAUUAUCACAUGCCAUAACCAUUUGUUCAAAUAACUGAACCAUUUUUUUUCUAAAGUAAUAAAAAUGACAGAAAGCAAGAACAAAAGUGACAGCUACAUUCAACUUUUUGUGUGUGGUCUUAUUUUCCUACGUCUAUUUCAAAAUAAAAUUAUUAUUUAUUGAAAUUUCACGUAUAGCCAAACAUUAGUCUUAAUUGACUACAAUUCAGAAUAAUACCCUUUUUAUCUAAAAAAUAUAUAUAUAUUUUAUCAUAGUGUUUUAGUUCAAGAAAUUGACGGUUUUAUUUGUGAGCGGAGGGAGUAUUAUUUAAGGCUCAAACGUAUAGCUAUUUCCUCAAACAAGUUUAUCUAGACCCCUGCAUCUUGAAUACAUAUUGAUUGAAGAAGAUGGCAAGCGAUUCUUCUGCUGCUUCUUCCAGUUUCAAAAGGCUGGAAGGUAAAGUGGCAAUCAUAACCGGUGGAGCAAGCGGAAUCGGAGAAUUCACGGCCAAACUUUUCGCCAAACACGGUGCAAAAGUCGUCAUAGCCGACAUCCAAGACGACCGUGGUCAAUCCAUUUGCGAGAAAACUGAUGCCGUCGCGAUAUCCUACGUCCACUGCGACGUAACGAAAGAAUCCGACGUGAAAAACGUAGUUGACGUGACGGUUUCAAAGUACGGGAAGCUAGACAUAAUGUUUAGCAACGCCGGGAUUUCGGGGGAUUUUUCCGACAAGUUGAUCGCCGAUGCUGAACUCGAAAACGUUCAAAGGGUUAUCGAUGUGAAUCUUGUAGGUGCCAUUUUUUGCGCUAAACACGCGGCGCGAGUUAUGAUCCCGAUGAAAAUGGGUAGUAUUAUUUUCACUUCUAGCGCAAUUUCGGUGUGUCAAGUUGUUGUUUCUCAUACAUAUGCAGCAACAAAGCAUGCGGUUGUGGGAUUGACUAAGAAUUUGUGUGUGGAGUUAGGGGAACAUGGGAUUAGAGUGAAUUGUGUUUCUCCAUUUUCUGUGGCAACCCCUUUGACUAUGGCAGGUGCUCAAGUAAUGUUGCCUGGUUGGGACAAGAAUAAGAUGGAGGAAUUUGUUAGCCAAGUAGGGAAUUUGAAGGGUGUGAGAUUGGAAGAGGAUGAUAUUGCCAAUGCAGCUCUGUAUCUAGCAAGUGAUGAAUCUAAGUAUGUGAGUGGGUUGAAUCUUGUGGUUGAUGGUGGAUAUAGCACUACUAAUGUUGCUAUGUUGGAAGGCUUCAAGAAACUCAUUUCUUGAAAUUAAUCAUAAAUUUCUCCUCUUUCAUAAGAAUUCUGUGGGAAGAAAAUUUUGCUACGAAUUUAUGGCAUCAUUGAUUAAUUAGCUUCUUCCGUUCUUUAGCUCCUUUGAAUGUGAAGAUUUUAGAUGACACGCCAAUGUGAUUAUGCAUUUUGAUUGUGUUUGGUUUCGUCAUGACCGCAAUAUAACUUUGUAUUCUUAAUCAUUGAGAAAUAAGAAAAAAGAUCUUUGUAUUUUAUUUCAUUAUUUGUGGUGAAUAUGUUAUUCUAGAUUUUUCAACAUUUGAGUGAUGAAAUUCUGCAACUAGUCUCAUUCCACCAAACGCAUUUUUACUCAUCAUCAUUCCAAUUGGAAAAUUAUGUUAGCUAUGAAACCAUUGUUAUUAUUAUUGAUGUGUUUUAUUUAGUUCAACUACGGAAAAUUUUCCUAUGACCUUUUCGCAUUUUUCACCUACAUAAAAGAACCAUACUUUUCUUCGAUCUUGUAUAACUUUGAUGUUACUUGGAAAAUGGGUCAACAGUACAUGAAGGUGUCGGUGAGAAUGUAUACCUUACGUUUAUUAAUUUGUCAAAAACUUUCAGAUUUUGCCUUCUAUUGUAGCGAAGUCCUUAUACUAAAAAAUUUUGUCUUUUUAUGAUACGUUUAGAUAUACCACACGUAUCAAUAUUUUGUGAAAUUUGUGAACAAAAGAAAUUAUAAAUAAACUUUGCCUCCCAUUGUAGUGAAGUCUCUAAACACAGAUUGCUCAAUUAACCACCCAGUAGUAUU